UAAUAGGUUUGUGUGCUUUGGUUUCACCGGCGUGCAACUCAGUCAAGUCUUUAUUGUCGAUGCUACAUAUGAUGUGCAAUGGCAGGGGUGGGAAAAGAUAAUGUGAAGGUGCAGGUGGAAGACAGCAACAUUCUGCAGAUCAGCGGGGAGAGGGUGUUGGAGAAGGAGGACAAGAACGACAAGUGGCACCGCAUCGAGAGGCGGCGGGGAAGCUUUGUCAGGCGGUUCAGGCUGCCGGACAAUGUUAACCUGAAUGAGAUCACAUGCAAACUCGAGAAUGGAGUGUUGACAGUGCAAGUGCCUAAGAAGGAGCCGGAUCAGACUGCCAAGAAUGUUAGAUCCAUCGAUGUGGCGUAAGUUUUCAGUAGUACUAGCUGAGUUGUUUUGUGAAGAGAAAUGAUCCUGAAAUCCUUUCCUUAAGAGUUGUGUAUAUUAUAUAUGCAUGAGGGUUAUGGAGGACCGGAGCUGUCCAAGCUUGUUAAUGUAGAAUACAUAACCUAAUGUAUAGCUAUAAUGUAUGGAGGUUUGUCUUUUUUUCCAGCUACCAAUGUUGAAUCACUGCAACAUAUCAAUGUAACUCUCUUUGUGAAUGCCUCUUAUUGCAAUAUAUCAAUCUAAUGAUAU